ACUUGAUGCUGGUCCUAAUAUACUACAAGAGCUUGAAAAUUGUAUGAAUAGUUUUAUCAGUAAGUACAUACCAAAAGAAAAAGUGGCCUGUAAAAGGAAUAAAAGUCAGCAGGAAGACGAAGAUGAAAUAUCAAAUUCAA